AUGUACUGGCAAAGAAACAAUUGGAACUCAUUCAACUGCCACCGUNAACUGGAUCCAAACCAACUACAUUUGAUUCGUCAGGCCUGUAAUCGACAACGUCUGAUCGGGAUCGAGUUGAGCCUACGAUUUGGUCUCCAUGCCUCAAUCGAAAAUCAAACAUCAUCGGUGCAGCUUGAAGAAUCGAUUGAGGCAAAUUCGACGGACGUAGCUACCUCAGACUUAUCCGGCAAGUUAUCAAACGAUAUGGUUGAACAAACAUCUAAGCCGCUCAGUAUGAUGGAUCAAAUCUAUGCCCAUAUUGAACAAAUAGAUAGUCAAUUCGGAUCCAUCAGUGAUCAUAUCCAAACCGUGUCCAGGGAUAAAACAGCUUAUCCGGCUGUUGUGGAAGUUGUUCCACUCUCGUCAACUGCACCUGCCCAGAUUGACAAAUCCCAUUGUCCGAAACAGGAUCACUACAAUUUGGGAUUACUUAGUGUCAAACUGGACACGAUACAGGCGGCAGAUUUGAUUCGGACUUUGAAAGAGAAAUGGACCACGCUGCGUUCGGCCGCGAACCAGUUAGCCCACCAAACGGCUGAGCACGCGCAUCAACUGUUAAUCCUUCAAAAUUUAGUUGAUCUCAGUCUGACCGUCAAAGAGGCGGGUAGUUGGUUAACACAGAUCUAUCAGGACUUGGAAUUGUCCACUGUGGAACAACGAUGUGAUCAAUGGUUUUGUGCUCCACCGUCCGAAGACAUUCAGUCGGAUCGACAAGUAGAGCAGAAGUUGAUUACAAACGGUUUGGGAUUAUCAUUUGAGCAUCAGAUGCAAUUCACCACGGAAAUUCGCAAACUCGAUCACAUUGCUCCAGCCAAAUUCCCUUUCGAAGACCGAUUUCUUGCCAGCACUGUCGGGCAUUACACCUCCACCGGUCAGAAACCGUUUACGGUGAUGACCAUUGUUGCAUAA